AUGAAGAAGUUUGAGGAUGUCGAAGAGAGGAGGAAGGCGAGGGAGAACAAGAAGUUGGCGAAAGAAGUUCAGGAGCAGAAGAUGAAGGAAAAGGCUAAGCAGAAAAAGGAGGAGAUUGAGGCCGUUAAGAAAUGGAGGAAGAAAAGGCAGCAAAGUGGGGUUGAUAAAGAGAGUGUUGGCCAUCUUGAUUUGGCUUUUGAUGAAGAUGGGAAAAAACUAUUUCAAAGAUCGAAUAGGAAGAGGCUUAGUGAAAGGGAACAUGCCCUGAGAUCCUUCAAAAGUGGUAACACACCAAUCUUGGUUGCAACGGAUGUGGCAGCACGUGGUCUUGAUAUACCCCACGUUGCACAUGUUGUCAACUUUGACAUUCCAAAUGACAUUGAUGAUUAUGUCCACCGUAUUGGAAGGACAGGGCGAGCAGGAAAAACAGGUUUAGCAACAGCUUUCUUUAACGAGAACAAUUCGUCAGUGGCAAGAGCACUGGCUGAUCUGAUGCAAGAAGCAAACCAAGAAGUACCUGCUUGGCUCUCUCGCUAUGCUGCUCGAUCUUCACAUGGAGGCGGCAAAAAUCGUCGUGGUGGAAAUCGUUUUGGCGGGCGUGAUUUCCGAAAGGAUUCCUCUUUCAAUCGAGGGGCCACAGACUACUAUGGUGGGGGGGGCAAUAUGAGCAGUGGCUAUGGUGCAUCUGGUGGUUAUGCUGCAUCAUAUGGUGGUGCUGCUGUGAUUCUUAGGUAUUCUUUUAUCAAGAAAAUGUAUUGGUUGUAG